AUUCCCCUAGAUUGGAUUCAGUUUGAUCCUCAUUGGACUGGAAACACACUGAUUAAUGUUUUCUUGUGAGAACUUGCGUCCAUCUUUUUUUCGUUCAUGGUGGUACUGAUGGAUAUAUUCGACUGUUAUGGUGGCUCCAGAGAAAUUCUAGACUUGUAGGAGAAUGGGCCAUGAUAAUGGAUUGGCUUGAUGGGCCAACUGAUGUUAAUGGUUUCUCGAGUCAUUUAUUUUCCAAAAAUAAUACUGAACACAUUAAUUUAGGAACCAAUCCCAUUGACUCGGCAAAGAAACAUAUCAUUUGACACAAUUUUACAUCGUUUUUCUAACUAAAUAAACUUGAAUAAAAACAGGAAAUACUGGAGAAACUCAGCAGUUUUGGCACCAUCAAUAGAGAGAGAGAACAACAGACUUAACGUUUGGAGUCGAAAGGCUUGUUCAGAAUUCAGUUUCUCAGUUCAAUUUGAGUUCAGUUGCGAAAGAGAGUCGUAUCCUGCCUCUGCUUCGUUCUCCACAGAUGCUGCCAGAUCUGCUGAGUUUCUCCAGCAUUUUUGCAUUUCAGGUUUCCAGCAUCCACAGAAUUUUGUUUUUUUUUAAAAAACAAAACUUUAAUCUGCUGAUAAAACAUUCAGCUUUCGACAUUCCUCACUGGAAGAAAUGGUUGUGCUUAAAGUCAGGAACAAAUGCACUGCUGAAAAAACGAACCGUUGCAGCGAUUGCCUCCUCCUGGGUCCUGAGUGUGGAUGGUGUUUUCAAAAGGAAUUUUCUGAUAAAUCACUGCAUAGAUGUGACUUGGUUGCCAAUCUAAUUGAAAAGGGCUGCAAAUCAGAUUUCAUUGAAUUUAUUGAAGUCGAAAAAAUAAUAGAAGAAGAAGAAUCACAAAAUUCUCAGCUGACUCCUGGAAAAGUCUCUUUACAUCUACGACCAGGCAGUGAGAUGAACUUUGUAGUGAGAGUUCAGCAACUAGACAAGUACCCAGUGGACCUCUACCAUUUGGUUGACACAUCGGCAUCAAUGGUGGCUAAUCUGGAAAGAUUACACUCAAUGGGACAUUUUUUAUCACAAAAGAUGGCUAAAUAUUCCAGUGAUUUCCGAUUUGGGUUUGGAUCAUUUGUGGAUAAGCCAGUGUCUCCAUUUAUUAACAUUCAUCCAGAAAAACUUAUUAAUCCUUGCAGUAUUUAUGAAACAUCUUGUCUACCAGCACAUGGGUUUAAGCAUGUAUUAUCUCUGACAAAUAAUAUAUCUGAAUUCAGAAAAGCUGUAGAGAGACAAAGAAUAUCUGGAAAUGAGGACACACCAGAGGGAGGUUUGGAUGCAAUGCUUCAAGUUGCAGUUUGUGAGAAUCAAAUAGGAUGGCGUAAGGAAGCAAAACAUUUGCUGCUGAUGAUAACUGAUCAGCUAUUUCACUUGGCGCUUGACAGCAAAUUGGGUGGCAUUGUCCUGCCUAAUGAUGGGAACUGCCACCUACAGGACAAUAUGUACACCCAUUCAACUAUUAUGGAGCAUCCAUCUGUGGGUUUGCUGGUGGAUAAGCUGCUGGAAAACAGCAUCCAUGUCAUUUUUGCAGUUCAGGGAUCAUGCAUCAGCUGGUACAAGGAUCUUCUUCCAUUGAUGCCAGGUGCAGUUGCAAGGCAGCUAAAUGCCGAAUUAUCUAAUCUCUCUGAACUAGUGGAAAGUGCCUACCGGAGACUGCUUUCCGAAGUAGAACUGCAGGUGGACAACCAAAUCAAUGGGGUCUAUGUGAACAUCACUGCAAUCUGUCCUGAUGGCACCAAACAUCAAGGCCAAAUUAAGUGCAGAAAUGUGAAAGCGAAUGAUGCAGUUUUAUUUAAUGUAACAGUUGGAAUGACAGAUUGUUUUGAAGGAGACAACUACAUCAAUUUAAAGCCUGUUGGAUAUAAUGAAACGACUGUUAUUUCCAUAAGUAGCACUUGUGCUUGUCAGUGCAAAGGACAGAAAGGUUACAGUGCUGGUAAAUGCUUCAAUAAAGAGCUUGACCCAGACUGUAGACUUUGCCACUGUGAAGACAAAGUUACUAAUUCUUCCUGCAAAGAACAAUGCCUCAUUGAAAAUUGUCGACAGAAAAAAGGUCAGGCUGUGUGCAGUAAUCGAGGGAUUUGCAACUGUGGGAAAUGUUUAUGUUACCAGAGCAAUCUAGGUCGAGUGUUUGGAAAAUAUUGUGAGCUGGAUGACUUUUCUUGUCCUAAUCAUCAUGGGCGUCUUUGCGCAGGCAAUGGAGAAUGUAAAAGAGGUGAAUGCCAAUGUUAUGCCGGUUGGGAAGGUGAAAGCUGUAACUGUUCGUCCUCCCUAAUGUCCUGCAGGACAGGACAUGGUCAAAUCUGCAAUGGAAGAGGGACAUGUAUCUGUGGUAGAUGUCAUUGCACUGAAUCCAGAACUUCUGGUCAUUUGUGCGAGGUUUGCCCAACAUGUGAAAGUUCCUGUGAAAACAGCUGGAAGUGUGUGCAGUGCCAUGUGUUAAACUAUUGGGCAGUGUAUCCUGCCAAUUGCACAAAAGCAUGUUCUCAAAUGGUGUUGGUGGACCAGCUUUCAGAAUCGGAGGAAGAAAAAGCACAACACUGCAUUUUUCAAGCACAAAACAACUGCUUAUAUAAAUUUAAGAUGGUAGCAACUGACACUGAAAAAGAAUAUCUUUAUAUAUUGAGAAACCCAGAAUACUACCCUAGCCACAAUAUCGUUGCAAUGUUUCUUGUCUUCUCUGUUGGUACAGUUAUUACUGGAUUAUUCAUUGUGAUGAUAAUCAGACAAAUAAUGAUGCACUGGAACUCAAAUGAAACAAAUCAUCCUGGAACCAAUUGCAAAGUAUCUCCUCCUCAAAAGGGAAAAACUUCAUUACCUAUAGUUAGUUCAGAAACUACAGCAUUCAGGCGUGACAAGCCAGAGGAGCUCCAUGUGUACAUCAACAAAAUGCAAGUAAUUUCAGAAGCUUGACUUGUAACAAAAAUAUCAGAAAAAUAUUACAGGAUCCCAUCUUUCAUGGGUUCCAGACCAAAUGACAUGCUCACAAGACUGAUAUGAUGAGAAGGGCAUGUUCAAUCAAUUCAAGCUCACCCAUCCAGAAACGACAAGAGUUCCCACUCUUUUUAGUAUCACCCAAAUGUUUCUGAAGUCAGUCUUGCAUUCAUGUAUCCUAUUGGGAUGACCUAAUUUCAAGUUGUACUUUCAUGUUUUUGUGCUAUUUCCUAUUAUCUACAUCCAUGGGUAGCCCUCUCAAACAUUUUCUACCGACCCUGAAAAGAUGAACUUUCUCCUGUCUUUCUACAUAAUUCAGUGGUACUGAGAAUUUUAUUGAGAAGAUUAAAUAAAUCUGUUUCCUUGUCUGUUUCCCAAUUGAUGACAAUUCCAAAAAGUGUGUGCAAAAUGUUAUCAAGAAUGCAGCUAAGUACAAGGUUAACAUGAAGUGGUCAAGAUCGCACACAGCAUCUUGAGCAACAGUACUGUUUUGUUACGGCAAUAAUCUCAAACAGUUUAAAAACAUUUCAGGCUCAAAUUAAUUGCAAUUCAAUUUGAAUUAACUGAAAAUGUUUUCCAAAACAGAACUCUGUAGAGCUAUUCUAGAGUUCUGCUAAUAUUUAGUAUUUCAACAGAGCAUUUUGUAUGUUAUGUCUUGUACUUACAAGAGCUACCAAUCUUGGAACUGAAGAGAUAGAUGUAAGAUAGACCAGCAAUGGAUGACUCUCUGUGCAAUAAUAAUAUUUGUAAGCAAACCACUGGAAAUAAUUGCAUUAUUGUUCUGAUUUUAGUUGUCACUACUGGGGAACUAAGUUUAAUCGAAUUCAAAAUCAUCAACAAUACUGCAUAGGUACUGAAAUCUGUGAAAUUAUUUUCUCCAAGAAAGAUAAUACUGUGAUGGUCCAAUGACUGCUUAGCUUUUGUUUACUGAAGUUAAGAACAAAUCUAAGACUGGUAAGGUGUAUACUUCUGGAUUCCUAUUUUUGUGAUUAUUUAUUUUAAAGAUGAUAAAAUGUUGAUGAAUGGAAUUCAGUGUGUACUGACUCUCUGAAAUACAAGUACCAAAACUCUCAACUGGGGUCCACUCCUGCUGGUAUAAUUAGUCACUUUAAUCAUCCACAUAAUGGUGUAGAUGCUGUUGAUAAUUUUUUUCUGGAAUUUCCCUGGUUUUUUUGCCAAAGGUACAGUAAACAAGUGGAAAAGUAUCUAUGGAUAUUCAUCUCUGCAUUUUUAAAUGUAAACCCAGGAUUUUUAAAAGGGAUCAAAUCAGAAGUAGGGAUACCAGAUGGUGCCACCAGCCUCUGCACCAAGUUACUGCUGUGAUUCCAACACCGAGCCAUUUUGAAUGAGGAUAUCAAGGACAGAUGCCAGCUGGAAAGUAACUGAGCCAGUUAUUGGAAAUGGUAGGGCAUAUUAAUCCAACAUUCCAGUGCCCCUGGAAUUUACAGUUUGUAGAAUUGAUAGCCCAUACUGAUUGGUCCAUUUCUGGACCAAGCCAUCGUAAUUGGCUUAGGUGUAGAAGUAGUGGUCGCCAAAAAAUCAAGUAAGACAAACACCCCCCAAAAGGACACAUAAUUCCCCACCCCCAAAGUGAUGGAGCGCUCUCCCUGGCUUUUAAUUAGUUGGAGCAUUGCAGUGAGCAUGGUUAAAGGCUGCCAUGUUGACCCAAUUGAAAAUCCAGCCCAUGAUCUACAAAGGAACCUCGAUUAUCUGAACGAUUCAGGCAGGAAGUAUUUUGUUUGGAUAAUGGAACAUUUGGAUAAU